UCGGGCAUGGACAGCUCCUGAUCGAGUCCCACCUCUGCCAGAGGGAAGAGGCAGAUGCUGACACAGAGCCACAGUCCGAACAGUAAUACGACACCUGCGCGCACCCAGGGAAUCCCCAGAAGGUGCCUGCGCCGUCACUUGCUCGUACAUGGACACAAGGGUAGGACCUAAAAACGCUGGUUUAACAGCUGAGAUCUUCCGGCGCAGAGCUGGCAACAGAAUCAAUGGAGGUUGGCAGUCUAAGAGACGCGUCUUUGCUUGGCGUCCCAGACGCAGACCCAUCGUGGCUGCCAGCGGUUUCGCUGCAUAUCGCUCGCUGUUGUGUAAUCACGUGAGGUCGUUCAGCGAAGAAACGACAUUACAUGGUAUUCGCUACAUCGCAUCAUCCAAAAGCUGGUUUGCGGAAAAGUUGCUGUGGUGUGCCGUGUGCAUUGUCUGCAUCACAGUGGCUGUUGUUAUGAUGAAUAUUGUGUGGAUGAGGUUUCAUAAUAGCCCAACUGUUACUACCGUGGAGUCAACCACCUACCCCAUCUGGAAUAUUCCGUUCCCAGCCGUCACUCUCUGUAACAACAACAAGAUUUACAAACCCGCCGCCGAGAAACUUGCUGCAAACCUAAGUGCACAGCUACAAGUGGAACAUUCCUUUGUUCUAGAAGUGCUGGAAAUGUUACCAGCACUUAUCACCCCUAAGAAAAUAGAUUUCGAACAUGCAAAGACGGUUCAAGAUAUGCUGUUUAAGGCAGGCUUCACCAUCGACGACCUCAUGAUACAGUUGGCACCACCAUGCAAGACUAUAUUGGUGAAAUGCAUUUGGCUGGAUAAUGAUCGUGAGUGUUCUGAAUUAUUUCAAACAUCCAAGUCCGUGAUGGGUAUCUGCUGUUCUUUCAACUAUAAUGGCGUGAAGGAUAAACUGAGGUCGAUUCAAGGCGAACAGCAGGGCGGAAUGCAUUAUGCAUAUGGUGCAGGGCAGCACGCUGGUCUAACUGUUAUUUUGAACACACAGCAGCUAGAAUAUUUUGCACCGGUGCGCCCCAUGUAUGGAAUAUGGGCAAUGUUCCAUGACCCAGAGGACUAUCCAGACAUGGGCUUGCAGACGGCUUUAGUGGAGCCCAGACAGCUGGUCACGGUGAUGCUGGAGGCACAGGUUGUCGAGAGUCUGGAUGACGUGCGGUGGAUCAGCGUGGAAAACCGCCAAUGCUGGUUCGAUGACGAGGUAGCAGUAGUGCACUCAUCACCAGAUUACAGCUACCAUACCUGCAUCACAGAGUGCCGUAUGAAGGUGUUACAAGAAAAGUGUGGCUGCAUACCAUUCUUCUACCCACUCUUCGGUCAGUAUUUACCUAUGAAAGCAGUCAUCUUGAGGCAAAAUGAGACGGUGGGCAUGAACUGCACCUGUCUGCCCCAGUGCACAGACAAGCUCUACUUCUUUGACACAGAAACUGCACUCUUGGAGCCCAAGUUUUCACCAUCUGAAUCUAUUCUGAAAAAUGUUCCCAAUACUAGUGUAUUGCACGUGUUCUUCCGAGAUAUCACAUGUAUGAAGUAUGCACGUGACGCUUAUAUGACAUGGGAUGCUAUGUUUGCCACUUUUGGCGGAAUUUUUGGACUGUGCAUGGGCGGAAGCAUAAUUAGUAUCUUCGAAAUUUUUUAUCGGCUGUCUCUUGUGAUGAUUACCACAGCCAAGACACUACUGCGCCUGCACAUACAACACCCACGUGAAAAUAUAGUGCUACCCUGGAGCAACAAAACAUUUGCACCUGACCACACUGAUUUGUUCUUUCCUAGAACAAGACAUAAACAUUUUUGAAAACACAAAUUAAAACUUUUGAAAAUGUUGCUAUUGUUACAGAAGUAAUCAGAAUUAGAAACAGUUGAUAAUCACAGCCCAUUAAUUUUGUGUAUAUUUAUCAACUACAACACAAGUUUGUGACAACACAGUUGAUGAAAACUGAGAACGUGUGGUGCUGUUCUUUCAUAGAUCUUGUGUUACUCUAUUAUCCAUCUGAAU